UGUUUUAAGAGACAUUGUAGUGUGCUUGGUAAGGCAUGCAUAAUUUAUGACUCCAUCUAGUGCAUUUAUAUGCAUAACAAAGAGCCUGAAAUAACAGAUCAAACACCUAAGAAAGCAUUCUCUUGCUUCGAAAAUGAAGACAGUUCUCAUUCUUCUCUGCUUACUUCUCUUCACUCUGCUCACACUAGUCUCUCCCUCUGCCGCUCUCAACUUGCAAGAAUUCCAAGAAUUCUUUGAAGUCACCCCUCCUCUACCAUCUGAUCAUUGGACACCAUCAUGCACCCAUCCAAUUAUCCAACACAGCUUCACCAACAACACAAACACCACGAACUAUCUCUUUUCCACUCCUUACUCUCCCCCCUCGGAUUGCUCCUCUCCAUGGACAUAUAUUGUCCUCAGUUUCAAUGCUGGAUGCAGCAACGACACUUCUUAUCGCAUAUCUGGGUUAUGGCUUGGUGGCGUAGAGCUGCUUCGCACCAUCACACCCAAGCUGACCACCGACAAAUCAAGAAACUCGUGGACAGUCAAGAAGGACAUCACUAGGUACUCCUCUCUUCUUGCAAAAGAAGACCUUAAUCUCACAAUGAUUCUCCAAAGUAUUGUUGACAAUGUCUCCACUGGUGUUUACAAUGUCAGUGUGACUGUCUUAUUCUACAAAAAUAGCUCCAUUACUGUUUCAUUAAACAGGAAUGAUCUGAGCCUUCCAAUUUUAGCAGAAAAAGAAGCAAAUGGAGAUGGGGAUAGUGUGCUGGAAGGUGUGUUGAGUUUCUAUGAUACUCCUGCUGACUUGAUUAUUCCAAUUUCUGAUGAUGGAGACACUGGGUUUUGGUACAGAAUAAAAAAUGAAAUAGACUUGCCUUCAAAGCAAAUCCUAGUUCCGUGUAACACCCACCGUGCUGUUCUGGAACUUUAUGUUUCAUUUCAUGGAAAUGAUGAGUCUUGGUACUCAAAUCCACCAAGUUCCUACCUGAGAAUGAACAAUAUAUCUUUGCAAGGCAAUGGUGCUUAUAGAGAGGUAUUUGUUACAAUAGAUGGGGCUAGUGUAGGCUCAGAGUUGCCAUUCCCAGUUGUGUUGACAUCUGAGUUUAAUUCUUUGUUUUGGAAACCAGUUGUUUCUAUUGGUGCUUUUAAUCUCCCUUCUUAUGAUUUUGAGGUGACACCUUUUCUAGAGAAGGUUUUGGAUGGUCAGGUUCAUGAAUUUGGGGUUGGAAUAGGCAAUGUUAUUCCAUAUUGGCUUGUCGAUGCAAAUUUGCAUAUCUGGUUAGAUAAAGGCUCAUCCUCUGUCACUGCAGGAACUGUGGUUGCUCAUAAUCCUUCUCUUGCUUUGAAAAGCCGGAAAGAAUUUAAGCGGCUUGAUGGGUCAUUUGAGGUAAAAGGGAAGGGAGGGAGUGAAUCCAAGGGAUGGGUUAUAUCAACUGCAGGGAACCUAACUACUCUUAUUCUGCAGGAGUUCAGGUUCCAGAGCUUUAUACAAUUCCAAAAAAAUGCAACUAAAAAAUUUGUUAAAUUGAAAAUCAAGGUAAACAAGGAAAUUCAGGUGUUAAAUGACAGGGGAGAGUUGCUUAAACGAGUUAUUGUUAAAAGGAAGUAUCCUCUGAACAUGAUCACUACAACAAUACCAGGAAGAAUUGUUGCAAAUGUUUCUCAUGCUUUUCUGGAGACAUGGUCUAAUGGCAAUAACAUGUCAAGGACUAUUGACAAUCUCCAGAAAACCAAUGGAUGGAUGCCGAUUGUGGAGCAGCAAGCUAGUUUUCCUGGUGAAUCAAACACUAAUCAGAGGUUGAUUUAUAGGGAUAUAUCCAUUUGCUACUCCAGGACUAUUGCAGUUACUCAUGGCAUACUCUCUGCAGAUGAUUUAAGCUAUGGUUGCAUCUCUAGUUCCUAAUUUAUCUUUGCCCAUGAGUCUCCCACCAUUAAUACUAUGUCCCCAUCCAUUGUUGCCAAGAAUUAGUAGUUUCUAGAGCUAUCUGCACGAAAGGAAACUGAUGUUUCUGCAGGAUUAUCUUUAUUCUACUUACUAUCUAAAUGUUUGUACUGAGUUGGCAAUCAUAUGACUGUUUGCUUAUGUCCACAUCCCCAUUUGAUUUUAGAGUUUAUAAAUGAGGGAGGAGAGACUGGAACUUGCAACCUUAUCCAAAUUGAGAGGAUUCAGCCACCAUUGCUAACCCUGCAGGUGCAAUCCUUCAUUUGAAAUAAGAACAGAAACCCAGAAAGCAAACAGGUUUUCGGUUCCCUUCUGUUAAUUCUAGAGAAAAUUUUAUAU